UAGAGACCCAUUAACUUUACCAAAAUAACUUGUUCCAAAACAUCUUUACCAUCUUUCAUGCUAGAAUUCUCAGCAACCAAACUGAUAUAGAGAGAGACAUGGGAAUACCAUCGUUUUACAAAUGGUUGGUAAGAAAAUACCCCAAAAUAGCAACAAAUGCAGUUGGAGAGAAAGGAGAGAGCGUGGAUGGAAGCAGCUUGCCUAACCCAAAUGGCUUUGAAUUUGAUAACCUGUAUCUGGAUAUGAAUGAGAUCAUCUGGGACAUUUUUUGCCCUAGUGAUGAAGAAGAAAGCUCAGAACCAACUACGAUUGAAGAUGGUUUAAACGCCAUCUUUCAAUAUAUUGAUAGUCUUUUCAGCAUCGUUAGACCAAGGAAGCUUCUCUAUUUGGCCAUUGGAAUAACCUCAACUACCAAUGGAGUGCCCCCAAGAGCAAAAUGGGGGCAAUGCUGCGCUGGGCGUUUUUGUACAGCAAAGCUCAGGGAGAUUGAAGAAGAAGUAGAAGGGAGACUAAGACAACAGCUUGAAAGGGAAGGCAAACAAGUUCUUCCAGAACUUGAAUCAGAACUUUCUGUUUCUGUUGUUAUAACGCCUGGGACAGAGUUCAUGCAGAAGUUAUCAAAAGCACUCAAGAGCUAUGUUAGUUCUCGCUUAAGAAGUGAUUUGGGGUGGAGGAACAUUAAGGUAAUUCUUUCAGAUGCCAAUGUUCCUGAAGAAGGGGAGCAAAAGAUAGUUGCCUUUAUUCGCCGACAACGUGCCCUUCAAUCUUAUGAUCCCAACACUAGUCACUGCAUAUUUGGGAGGGAUGCUGAUUUUAUAAUUCUUGCUUUGGCGAUGCAUGAAGUUCAUGUUUCCAUUUUGAGAAAGAACCAUUGGAACUUUAAACCAGAUAUUGACAAAAGGCUUUCAACAGCAGAAUCAACCUCUAUUGUUACAAAGCCCUAUCAGUUCGUGCAUCUCUGGAUUUUGAGGGAAUAUUUGGAGCUUGAUUUUCAAAUACCUGAUCCUCCUGAGGAUUUUCAGUUUGAUAUCGAACGAAUUAUUGAUGAUUUUGUCUUCAUGAGCUUCUUCGUCGGGAAUGAUUUUCUUCCCCGCACGCCAUCUUUGAAAGUUGAUGAGAAUGCAAUUGAUUUGCUAAUGUUUGUAUACAAGAAAGAACUCAAGAACAUUGGAGGCUAUCUUGUUGAUACGAGCAAGAUCGAGGACAGUGAAGGAGGCUAUAUUGAAUUGUCUAGAGUUGAGAGAUUUGUUAGCUUGGUUGGUUCAUACGAAAACAAAAUUUUCAGGAAAAGAUCACAUUUAGAAGAUCGAAAACCAAAACGUCUUCUCUUAACUUCAAAUGCGCUUGAGGAAGAUGAUACCGAUGAUUCAAUGACUAAUGCCACCAAUAAAUUGUCCACUUAUUCUAAUUUAUUGAAGAAUACAAAUGAGUUGAAGGAGAAAGUGAAGGAAAACCUGAGGAACUCAGGCCUUUAUGGUGAUGGGGUUGACAGAGUGAGGUUGGGCGCAACUGGAUAUAAAGAAAGAUACUACAAAGAAAGAUUUUCUGAAAAAUAUCGAGGAGAUAUUGAGACAAUUAGGAAAGACAUAGUUGUUAAGUACACUGAAGGACUACUCUGGACCCUAUUGUAUUAUUUCCAAGGACCGCCAUCGUGGACAUGGUAUUAUCCAUAUCGUGCCGGACCAUUUGUUUCUGAUUUGAAAGGCUUAUCUCAGAUCAAAAUAAGAUUUGAGAAAGGUUCCCCUUUGAAACCUAUUGAAAACCUCAUGGCUAUCAUUCCACUGAGCGGUGUUUUUGCUCUUCCAAAAGCAUAUCAGGCACUUAUGAAAGAGGACAGCCCAAUUAUUGAUCCUGAAAGUUGUUAUGAGAUCGAAAGAGUCAUUGAAGGAAAACGAUGUGUGUGUCAGGUUCCUGUAAUAGAUGAAGGACGGCUUCUAUCUGAGGCAAGAAAAUUAGAAAAUGAUCUGCAGGAUGAAGAAAAGGAGAGGAAUACACAACGAUUAGAUCAAUUGCUAGUACGUUGCACGCACAAGUUAGGGUCACUCAUUUUGUCAUUCUCAGAAGAGCAAAAUGAGGUCAAGAGAGCCAUCAGUUUGAGUGAUGAAAUUGGUGGUUUUAUAUGGCUUCCGCUUGAGAACACAGUUACUGGUAACCAUGUCUGCAACAAUAAUGAGGACGACUCUGUACUAUGUGUGUUUUAUGAGCUGCCUAAUGACGAUCCACACAUCCCUUGUUUAGUUUCUCGGGUAAAAUGUCCUAAUAAGAUUGUGAGUGAAUCUGACAUUCAGGAGAGGAAAUUGUGGCAUGAAUAUCCAUUAUGGAACCCCAAUUUCAGCCAUAAGUCUACGAGGAGAGGAGCUGGUUGGGGAAAACCAAAUGGUGGUAAUAAUGAGUCUUCAAUUGAAGAAACAAGCUCAUCUCACGCAGAUUCCGCCUCAAGCUCAUCUCACGAGCCAUCACACUAUUUUGGUCCCGAAUGGCUUGCUGGUAGAGGCAAACCAAUCAACAGAGAUGAUGCCAGAGCGCUUGCCAAUUGCACAACCGAAAGAACAAACGAUCAACAAGUAACAAACAUUGCUUAUGUUUCAGCAAAUUUCCAUGGUUCAAGAAGACCUAAUGCAGGGAGUUUCCGGCCAGGGAAUAAUAAGAGUAGCUUUUGGCCAUCAAGAAAUGGCAUCACACAUGACGGAAACCAAUCAUGGCGCCAGAGUUCAGAUUCUGAUAGUAAUUGCGGUCAUGGCUGAGGAAGAAGGCAACAACGUUCUGCCAAUGUCGCAGCUAACAGAUGGUGACAAGGCUCUGGCUUUCGGCUGCUAGCAGAGGUAGACGUGGUCAAAAUGAAAUGUGCAGUGCGUUGUAGAUAUUGCAUUGAAGGUGUAAGAUGUUUGCUUCGUAAUGUUUGCUAGCUAGUUAGACUUGCAUGGCGUGAUGAACAUUUUGCUGUAGAUUUGUGUUUGUAUAUUUCUAAAUGUUUGAGCUAAAUUUGCUGCAAUGAUAGAAAUUAUCAGCAUGGUGAAGAAAUAUAAUUGAAAAAGUAUCUAUGACACUAUUCAUAUGCUUUUGUGUGACAUUUACAACGGAAUGAUGCUGGGUAGUUU